GGUGCUGUGGGCCGCGCACGUCGCCCUUUGCCCGGGGAGGACUCACUUAUGGAGGAGGGACCGGGGAGGGAGACUUAUCAGGCCGGACUUUGAGGCCUUUGCCGCUCUAUCACCGCCAGUCAAGCCGUAGUAGAGGAAGCAUGCAGGCGCGGGGCUGUGGGAUAUCUCCGGGAGGAGGCCGCCUCUCUGUCCUCCAGCGACACCUCACAGCAGUUCCUGUGUCGGGGCAAGUAUCCACAGCCACCCAUUCACCAAACUUUCUUUAUACCUUGGACAAUGAUCUCCUGACCACAGAGCAGAGACAGUUCUACGAGGAGAAUGGAUUCCUUGUCAUAAAAAACCUUGUGUCUCAUGAGGACAUAGAUGAAUUUAGGGAAGUCUUUGAGAAGGUUUGCAAGAAAGAAUUGACCGCACCUGGAAUGGUUGUAAUGCGAGAUGUGGCCAUUGCCAAGUCAGAGUAUGUUCCAGAUCAGAAAGCCAUUACAAAAGUGCAGGACUUCCAGGAGCUUCCUGGGCUAUUCCGAUACUGCAGCUUACCACAGAUUCUGAAGUAUGUGGAGUGUUUCAUUGGCCCAAACAUCAUGUCCAUGCACACCAUGCUGAUCAAUAAGCCUCCAGAUGCAGGUAAAAAGACCUCUCGGCAUCCAAUGCAUCAGGAUUUGCAUUACUUCCCAUUCAGGCCUGCAGACCGCAUUGUUUGUGCUUGGACAGCCAUGGAGCGCAUUGACAGAAGCAAUGGAUGCCUUGUGGUUCUUCCAGGGACACACACAGGGGUGCUCAAACAACAUGAUUAUCCAGAAUGGGAGGGUGGGGUAAAUAAGAUGUACCAUGGAGUUCGUGACUAUGAUCCAAGCAUUCCCAGAGUGCACUUGACCAUGGAAAAGGGAGACACCGUGUUCUUUCACCCCAUCCUUAUCCAUGGAUCUGGAAUGAACAGGACAGCUGGGUUCAGGAAGGCAAUUUCCUGCCAUUAUGCCAGCUCAGAUUGCUACUAUAUAGAUGUCAAGGGAACAACUCAGGAAAACAUUGAAAAAGAGGUUGCAGAAAUUGCCCUAAAGCGCUACGGAGUGGAGUCUGAGAUUGAAUUAAAGGAUGCAUGGAUGGCAAAAGGGCGUGUUGUACAUGGAGAAAGAGUCAACCUUUAACUGAUGUCCUGAUCUGAUGCUGUAAAGAAGACCAUAAACAGAAUAUCUGGGAACAGAAUAAAAGCUCAUUUUUUCCACACCUUUCCUCAUGUUGUGUGUGGUAUUAAAACUUUGCUCUAUUCACUUCAAUGGAACCGAGCUUUAACCAUCACACACAACACUUAGGACAGGUGUGGUGCUGUUUUUGGAUGAAAUUAGCUCUGGUUUUCCAAUCCUGGAUAGCCACUUUAAAAUUUCCUCUUUGUUCUCAUGCGGUUUGAUUAUUAUUCAUGAACAUAAAUUAUUUAGUAAUUGAUUACAGAGACCAGUUCUCAAUAUAAGGCAAAUGUGUGGUCUAAUUUCUGAAUGGAUUUGCCCAGGGAAUCUGUUAGCUCUGUACCAGGUUUGGAACUACAAAACUGGUGGAUAGGUGCUGGCGG